CGAGGAAAUGAGGGAACUUUUUACAAGAGCAGAAACUGCUAUGGAGGCUUGGGCAAUGCUAGCCACAUCUUUGGGGCACCCAACUUUUAUUAAAUCUGAAUUUGAUAAGAUAUGCUUCUUAGAUAACUCAUCUACUGACACUCAGAUCUGCAGGUUGCACUUUGGCGAGAUCAAUCACGGAAAAGAUUAGUUGUUGCUUUCAGAGGAACAAAACAAGUAGGUUCACAAACAUACUAAUCCUUGAUUAACAAUUUAACAUAUCUCAGGUUUAUACUUUAGAGCACUUGCUUGUCACUUUUUCCAGGCUAGUUGGAAAGAUCUGCGGACAGAUUUAAUGUUGGUUCCAACAGGGCUAAAUCCUGAAAGGAUAGGAGGUGACUUCAAGCACGAAGUUAAG